CAUACCAAGCACUUUCACACCCACCACUUCACAACCAGCACUCCUUUUUCACUCUUUACAACACACCACACAACCACUUCCACAAUGGCAGCAAAGUUCGACAAGGCAGUCUCCAUCAUCCAGUCCCUCCCCAAGGACGGACCAGUCCAGCCCAGCCAGGCUCAACAGCUCCAGUUCUACGGUCUCUACAAGCAGGCCACCGUUGGAGAUGUAAACACUUCUCGACCUGGUACCUUCGACUUUACUGGAAAGGCCAAGUGGGAUGCUUGGAAGAAGGUAGAGGGAAAGAGCCAGGAUGAGGCAAAGGAGGAGUACGUAAAGGCUUUCACCGAGCUCCUCAACAAGCACAGUGACGACGAGAACGCCAAGAAGUGGCUCGCCGACCUCGAGAGCGCCUGAAGCGCCUGCCUUCAGAUUCCCCUUUCCCACGGGGUGGGAUUUAGUCGACUAGGAAG